AUGUGUGACCAGCAGAAGCAGACCCAGUUCCCUUCAUCUUGCGUGAAAGGUUCAGGAUUGGGGGCUGGGCAGAGCAUCAAAGGUACAUCUGUAAAAUGCCCACCUCCGUGCCCAACUCAAACCUACGUGAAAUGCCAAGUUCCAUGCCAGACUCAGACCUACGUGAAAUGCCCAACCCCCUGCCAGACCUUUACGACCUACGUGAAGUGCCCCCCUCCAUGCCAGACGACCUACGUGAAGUGCCCACCUCCAUGCCAGACGACCUACGUGAAGUGCCCACCUCCAUGCCAGACGACCUACGUGAAAUGCCCAACUCCCUGCCAGACGUAUGUGAAGUGCCCACCUCCGUGCCAGACGACCUACGUGAAAUGCCCAGCCCCCUGCCAGACCCAGACAUGCUAUGUCCAGUCCCCGUCUCCUUGCCAGACCUACUAUGUUCAGGCUCCUGCCAGUGGCUCAGCUGCCUCGUGCAGUGUCCCUAACCCAUGCUCUGCUCCCUGUUCCACCAGCUACUGCUGCCUGGCUCCCCGGACCUUCGGGGUGAGUCCCCUGAGACGCUGGGUGCAACGGCCCCAGGACUGCAACUCAGGAUCAUCUGGCUGCUGUGACAAUUCCGGGGGCUGCGGUUCUGACUGCUGCGGCUGCGGCUGCGGGUGCUGCGGCUCUGGGUGCUGCUGUUUGGGAAUUAUCCCCAUGAGGUCCCGAGGUCCCGCAUGCUGUGAUAACGAGGACGACUGCUGUUGUUAAGUCCAGAAGAGCAGUCCUGCUCCAGAGCUCACCACCCCGCUCGACCUUCAGGACUCUCACCAGCCCCUGCACCCACAGUCAUGUCUAAUCUCAUUGCUUCCCCUCCCUGCUUCUUUAUCAAGGCAGCCUGCCAGAGUGAGCGCGACUCCCAGACUUUGGCAAGAAUAAAGCUCUGAAUGCA